AUACUUGAUAGACAGAGUGUUUGCAUAUAUAUUUUUCUAACACAUCGACGACGACUUCCAAAUUUCCUCUCUAGUUCCACUUUCGAUUUUCGGAUCUGGAUUUCCAACUUUCGUCAUGUUUCUUCACUAAUUUGGUGACAAAUUUGGAUUUGAAUCUCUGGGUGCAGGGGAAACUGUGAGCUUCCAAGUCAACGCACCAAUGGCGACCUUUGUAAGGAUUUCAGCAUUGAGUUGGGCGGAUGUGUUAGCUGCAUUUGCAAUGUUUGUGAUGAUGAAUUACUUAACAAAUGUUUGGAAGCUAAGCACUACACACACUGCCGGUAUCAUAAACAUUUGGAAUGGAAUCACACCGGUUUUGGCCUUUGCGUUUGCCUUCUUUUCUGAUGCCUUCAUCGGUGACUUUUAUAUGCUUGUAUCCUCAAGCAUCUCCUACAGUGUUGGGUUAGGAUUACUAUCCAUGUCAACACCACCUGUUUUUGGAACAUGUAAAGACUACAACCAGGAAUGUAUUGGGCACACGCAAAAGGUGUUGUUCUAUACAGCCUUAUCGUUGAUCGCGGUUGGGAUGGCCGGUCAUAUGGUCUCAUUAGCGCCCUUUCUGGAUCUAAAUACAAAAAGUGAAAAAGAUGAUAAGAAUGAAAAUGGAAAGGGAAAUAAAAUCCUUGUGCAAAUACCAGGACUGAUUAUGGUGCUGAUUGUAAUACUGGCUGCGGGUAUUGGACUGCCAUACAUUAAGCCAUGGUCACUCCGGUUUGGUAUUCCAGCCAUAUGUUCUGUGGUGGCAACAGUUUUCUUUCUUACAGGAUGGGCUAGGGGAGAUUACAUUCCUGCUCCUAUAGAGGGGAGCCCGUUAACAACCACCGUCAGAGUUUUCGUGGCAACUGUUUGUAACUUUUCAAAACCGAUCCCUAGUCCUAACGAGCUCUACAACGAAAAAGAUACUCGUUCCACCAGAAGUCUCAGGUGCUUUGACAAGGCUGCUAUUAAGUUACCAGAAGGGCAACGACCGGACAAAUGGAAGGUUUGCGAUGUGCGCGAAGUAGAAGACACCAAGAUUGGUAUUCGUAUUCUCCCAAUGUGGUUAACCUUCAUUGUGGUCGGAAUUGUGCUAUCUAUCGGAAACACGUACUUUUUGGAGCAAGCUAAUCACAUGGAUAGAAAGCUUGGAAAAAUAAAAGUCUCCAUUCCAAUAUUUCUUCUGUUUUAUAACGCCACAAGCCCCAUAUUCGCAAAGUUCUAUAUAUAUUUAGCGAAACGUACAAAAAAGUACGCCCCGCCACUGGGGAUCGCCACAGGUAUGGUUCUCUCAGUGUUAUGUUGCAUUACUGCUGCAAAAGUGGAAACCCGAAGACUGCAUCGGAUUAGGGAUCAUGAUUUGCUAGACAAACCCGACGAGAAAAUUCCAAUGAGUAUAUUUGCACUGCUUCCACAGUUUAUGCUAUUAGCAGCCGUUGAUGGGAUGGCUAAUAGUAGUAUCAAGGGUUUCUUUAAGAACCAAACCCCUGAAUCUAUGUACAAGUAUUUGACUUAUUGCACAAAUGGUGUGUUGGGGCUAGGAAAAAUGGCGAGUGUUUUGUCGGUAUAUGUUGUGGGGAAAGUGAGUGAGAGGAAUGGGAAGCCAAAUUGGUUCUAGUAUACGUUAAAUAAGAGCCGUUUGGAUCGGUAUUAUUGGGUGUUGGCUGCGUUAAGCGCGGUUAAUCUUGUUAUCUAUGUCAUUGUCGCGUGUUUCUACAACUACAAGGAAUCACCGGAUCAUGAUGGAGAAGCCGGAGAAAUGAACGAAGAUUUUCAGGAGAAGACCUGCUGUUGUUGUUGAGGUUAGAUUAGACACAUUCGGAGAGGGAGGUCUUGGAUUCAAGUCUCAUAGAUGACAUGGAAUAAAGAAAUUAGUGGUUAAAAAAAAAGAUGUCUUUGUUGAUUUUUUUUUUUUUAUAUAUAAAGAGUUUAAAGUCACAUGGCUUAGAUAAUGUCAAUUUCUAUUCUUAGUGAGUAGGCUUUGGUUUGAUUGAUAGUAUGUUUGGUUUA